CUUAACCCCAGGCAAAUCGGCCCAUCUCCCAUUUCCCAUACAAAACUUUGCGUUAAACUAUAGGAGUAGUACAGUUACGUACGAUCCAGAUCCAACAUGAGGCUUCAGCAUCUGCAUGUGGCCUACCUGGAGAACAAGAAAGCGGCCUCCAGCUCUUCCUCUGCGUUGUCGCCGUCUCAAACACCAUCCACCUUCCCCUUUGCCUUCCAAUGUCUCCGCCCGCUGGCGCCCAAGAUCUCGCUGCCGGAGCCGAGGACGAAGGCGCCCGAGUUCGGUCGCGUCAGAACCGCCGCCUCCAAGCUGCUGGCAUGCACUGUGCAGGUGGCGGCGGGGGGGACGACGCGGUGGAACCCGUCCACGGAGCAGAUAAAGGUGCUGGAGGCGCUGUACCGGGGCGGGAUGCGAACCCCGAACGCGGCGCAGAUCGAGCGCAUCACGGAGGAGCUCGGCAGGCACGGCCGGAUCGAAGGGAAGAACGUCUUCUACUGGUUCCAGAACCACAAGGCCCGCGAGCGCCAGAAGCAGAAGCGCGCCGCGCUCCUCACCCUCGCCACGGCCGGCACCGGCCUCGACGACUCUUCCGAUUCCCCGCCGCCGCCGCCGGAAACGACGACGACCACCAAGGAUGGAGCGGAGAAGAUGGAAGCGGCAGCGUGUGCCGAUGUCGACGUCACGACGAGCUGCAAGCGGCGGUGCAAAGCGUGGGGUGACGGCGGACAUGGCGGUGCGGCGGAGACGGAGGGCGGCGGCGCCGCCGACGAUGUCACCUUGGAGCUCUUCCCGUUGCGUCCGCAGGGGAAAGCUUAGACAUCGGCUUUAAUUGUCGUGCCUGUGCUGUUGUGCAGAUUGAUUACCUGUUUUGCAUGCACACGCAUGCAUAUCGGCCGGCGUAUGCAUGGUGAGCCAUGCAAAGGGAUUGUUUUGGCGGUUCGCUGUCAAAGCUUUGACGAUUUCUUCGCGUGUGCUGGCUGUUUUAGUACUGCUGUUUGGACUUUUCCUAACUCCGGUGUGCACGUGUACUUGUGUACUUGUGUGGCUGACUUGCCAGGGCGUGUAUUGUAAUCAGACGUGAUCUCAGAA